GCAGCGUUCGGAGGUGCGCGCACGCCCUACUUCAAAGGCGUGGGAUUUGGGCAGAAUUGCGUGCUCGAAAUUGGUGUAGACAACGUUGGGUGUUGGGAUGUGAGUGGAUGGUAUAGUGGUCUCUGCGUGCCGUUUGAGCCGUGUGCCGUGGACUGAUGCUGCCCAAUGUCUUGGGAGAAAAGGCUAUAGGAUAGCACACCACCAGGCAGCCUCGAGCAAAGUUGGGCGCGUAUUUGUAUGCGAUCAGUCAUGCCACCAGAGACGGUGUUUCGCGACUUUUCGGAGAGAACCCGACGGCCUUUCAAAUCGAUCGCUUUCAAUCCGACACAACCGCGGAAUUCGUGCCGGAGGAAAAACUGUUCAGAGAUCAUCUUGAUAUGAUAAGAUUAGAUAAGAUCCGGACAGCACAAUCCAUUUCCUGCCACCGACCACUUCAAAGUCGCAACACAAACCCCAGCAUAACGACCAUAAACAUGAACUGACAUGGCGCAUCAUCUUUCUCUUGCCAAAGCCGCCUUUGGCGCUUCGCUCCUUCGACAUGAUGUGACCAAAGUGUCUCGCGAUGAACUACCGCAAUUUCACAGCGCGUUCGAAGCGGUACUUUCCAACUGCUCAAGGCAGAACAUACAGACAUGCAAAGGAUGGCUUCUGGAGAAUGUAGCCGUUUCCGCUACAAGGAUCACCGCAUUUGGUAGAUUCCUGGCCAACACGUCCAAGCACCUUGCAUCGCAGGCGGAUGAAACCGCUUCGUCCACUGUGCCACGACAACGACUACACAUCCUCUACCUUCUCAACGACCUUCUGCAUCACUCCAGAUACCACGCCACAGAUAAAGACCUUCAUACUACUUUGACCCAGUCUCUACACCCAUUCCUCUCAGAGCUGUUUCAACUGGCCACAAAGGACGCGAAACCGAAGAUCUCUAGGCGGCUCCAAGACUUGGUAGAAAUAUGGCAAGGAGCAGAAUAUCUGGAGAAGAAUCUUCUCGAUCGAAUCGCUGACAUUCUGACGGGUAUUGGCCCAGGCACAACUGAAGAAGUUCAAGCUGAGCCGAAGCUCGAAAGAGCGACAAAGGAGCUACCCUAUAACCUGCCUGCGACGCAUGGCGACCCUUCGUUGCCCUUCUACGACCUACCGGCUGGGAAUUUGAUGCCACUCAUCGUCCCCAAUAGCUCUCAACCAAUGCGCGCUGAUGACAUACGGGCGUUGCAUUUCUCGGCCGGCGCGGCAGACGAAAGUCUUGUCAAUGCGUUGAAAGACUUCUUGGUUGAUGUUCAGAGCAUGGACGAUACUGUAGCUCAUCUUGAGAAGACCGGUCUCCAUCCAGAGAUGGACGAAAUGGGCCAGAUAUGGUAUCGUGACGAGGCAGGAGAUCUGAUUGGCGACACGUACUAUGGAUGGUCACGGGCAUUCUGUGAGAAGAUGAGGGGACGUGACAGAUCCGAAUCUGGUGAUGCGUCACAACGCAGUGGUUCAGGGAGGUCGAGCAGAAGUCGAAGUCGCUCUCGCGUCAAGCGUAGACGAUACAGCACAUCGGACGACGGCCGUUCUGGGAUGUCACGAUCUUACAGCCGAUCGCGAUCACGACGACGAAGUCCAAGUCGAGGACGGGCUGCGUCAAGGUCUAGAAGUCGGUCGAUCUCGCCUGAACAGAGCCGGCCAAUGCUUGGGCGAUCACAACAUCCAGACCUGCCGCCUCAUCCCAGCCAUUAUUCUCCAAUUCCCCCUCCACCACCGGCACAUGGUCUUCCUUCCAAACCUCCAGCACAGUUUGGUGGUGCCCUUGUACUACCACCGCCAGAUUGGACUGGGCCCUGGCCUCCACCACCACCUCCGCCUGCAUCACAGCUUCCAGGCAAUGCUGGCUUUCCGAAUCUUCCCUUCCCACCACCACCACCACCGUCAAGUUUUCCUACACAACCCGGGGCAUGGCCUCCGUAUCCACCCGCACCUCCACCAGGCUAUCCCUACGGCGGAAACAACACAUACAACGGGAGACGCUGAAAGGCGGCCUAGGGCAUGUUGGCAAAGUACUACGUGCCGAUAUGUUGCCGAACAUGUAGACUGACUCACCCUAUCCAACCCAGCCUUGCCAUCAGUGCGUGGAAGUUAAUUCCUCUGAUGGAGCUGUUUACUCUGAAACCGAAAAAUGUAUGGAUUCGAAAGUUUCUAAACCCUGGCUACGUCGUUGAAGUGUGUUUUGGUUUAUGCAUAUUAUGGUAGAUGGUGAUGACGGAGGCAAAAGCACACACGACAGACAACGUUGACCAGUGAGAAGAUGCUGGCGGCUCUCGAUAAACGUUCAUUGAAGUUUAAUGACCCAUUGACCCUUGGAAACUGACCUCAUUUUCCCAUGAUCAUCUCUCCAUCGAAAGCCUAAUGGGAAUGUGGAAAAAUGCCAUAUGGUGACAC